CCAGGCUCGCCCCGACCUGCGCGCGAGGCUGCCCUGUGGGCACCGCCUUCCCUUCCUGCGCGGGGACACCAGACCCAAGACGGCAGGACGCGGCCAUGGCCCGGCUUCCCGGGCCUUUGCUGUGCGGGGCGCUGCUGGGCUUGGUCUGCAUGACUGCGCCCGGCCGCGCGGUGGAGGUGCGUGUGCCCGCGGAGCCCCUGAGCGCGCCGGUGGGCAAGGCGGCCGAGCUGACCUGCACCUACAGCACAUCCGUGACGGACAGCUUCGCCCUGGAGUGGAGCUUUGUGCAGCCCGGGAAGCCCAUCUCUUCGUCCGCGCCCAUCCUGUACUUCACCAACGGACAGCUGUAUCCCACGGGUUCUAAGGCAAAGCGGGCCAGCCUGCGUCAGAACCCCCCCACAGGAGGGGUGGCCACCCUGACCCUGGCGGAUGUCCAGCCCUCAGACACAGGAACCUACCUCUGCCAAGUCAACAACCCGCCAGAUUUCCACACCAAUGGAUUGGGGCUAGUCAACCUUACUGUGCUGGUGCCCCCCAGUGGCCCCGUGUGCAGCCAGACCGGUCACACGUCUGUGGGAGGCUCUGCUGCCCUGAGGUGCAGUUCCUCUGAAGGGGCUCCCAGGCCCGUGUACAGCUGGGUCCGCCUUGGAUCUUCUCCUACCCCUCCUCCUGGCAGCAUGGUGCAAGAUGAGGUGUCCGGUCAGCUCAUUCUCACCAAUCUCUCCCGGGCCUCCUCGGGCACCUACCGCUGUGUGGCCACCAACCAGAUGGGCAGUGCCUCCUGCGAACUGACCUUGUCUGUGACUGACCCUUCCAAAGGCCGAAUGGCCGGGGCGGUGAUCGGAGUGCUCCUGGGCGUGCUGAUCCUGUCUGUUGCUGUAUUCUGCCUCAUGAGAUUCCAGAAAGAGAGGAGGAAGAGGCCGGAGGAGACUUAUGGGGGUAGUGACCUUCGAGAGGACGCCACUGCUCCUGGGAUUUCUGAGCAAACCUCUGGGGUGACCGAUCCUAGCGAUGGGCUCCUGGAGAAGCCCCCCUCUGCCGCCUCUGUGAAGACCACCGAGUCCAAGCUCCCUGUGGUCGUCUGACUUCCCCGCCCAUCACCGAGGGGGAACACCCACAAUUAAAGCCUCCGGGUACCA